AUGGCGCAGUAUGGCUACCAUGCGGACACGCACUAUGAGCUGCCGCGCCAUCUAGUCCACUACAUUGAGCCGACCGAGGACGAAUUUGAUAAGCAGGUCGAGUACGACAUGGAUGAGCAGGAUCAGCAGUGGCUUGACGCGCUCAAUGUGGAGCGAAGGCGCGAGCAGCUUGAUGUGAUCAGCUACGAGGCGUUCGAGAUCAUCAUGGACCGCUUCGAGAAGGAGUGGUUCCAGCUGAUCAAGCGUAUUCCGUCGCGCCUUGCGCAGGAUGCUAGUGACGAAGAUUAUCCUGAGGACUCGAACUGCGCCAUCUGCAAUGACAGCGACUGCGAGAACCUCAAUGCGAUCGUAUUCUGCGACGGCUGCAACUUGGCCGUGCACCAGGAGUGCUACGGCGUGCCAUAUAUCCCUGAGGGUCAGUGGCUAUGCCGCAAGUGCACUGUGUCCCCAGAUCGUCCGGUAUCGUGCGUUCUGUGCCCCCACGAGGGCGGCGCCUUCAAGCAAACAACGGAGGGGGCUUGGGCACACCUGCUGUGUGCCAUGUGGAUCCCCGAGACGGGCGUGGGUAAUACCGUGUACAUGGAGCCGAUCGACGGGGUGCCCGCGAUCCCGAAGGCGCGGUGGCGCCUGCGGUGCUACCUGUGCCAGCGCCGGAGUGGCGCGUGCAUCCAGUGUGAGCACCGCUCGUGCUUUACAGCGUUCCAUGUCAUGUGCGCGCGGCGCGCCGGCCUCUUGCUCCCGCCGCGCCGGCGCUCCGAGGAGCAGGCAGGCGAGGACAUGGGCGAUAUACUCGAGGCAUACUGCCACCACCAUCUGCCGCCCCAGCAAAAGGCCGAGCUGCAUACACGCAUCCGCGGCGAGGACGACGACGAGAGUGCGUCGGACGUGUCGACGAGCGAGAUGACCGUGUCCCUGCAGCGGCCCAGCCACGAGUCGCUGGCGUCCAAGAGUGCGCGAGCAUACCACAAGUUAUAUUCGUCAGGGCCGCUACCUGUGCCGCACUACCUGGUGCGCCGUGUCCUCGAGUACGCCGCACGCCUUCCGAUCCGGCGCAAGCCCCAAACAGUGGGCCAAAUGGUGCGCUACUGGAGCUUGAAGCGGCAGCAGAUGCGUGGUGCGCCGCUGCUCAAGCGGCUGCACAUGGAGCCGUGGACCGUGGGCCACUUUGUCGGUGAGCCCACGCCGGCCCUCACGCUGGCCAAGCUGCAAUACCUGUUCCGCCUGCGUGAGGAUCUCGAAAAGGUGCGCCUCCUCGUGGAUCUUGUGCGCAAGCGCGAGAAGACCAAGCUGCGACAGGGCCAGCUGUUUGAGGCCGUUUUCGUGCGCCAGGGCCUCUUGCAGAGGUCGACGCAGCUGCACCGCGCGCUCGAUCGCGUCGAAGCGUAUAUUCGCGCUAAGAUCGACACGAUGGCCUACUCGGGCGUCGCGGAUUGGGAGGCCGACGUGCACCUCGUGUGCGCAAAUGCGCAGCAGUACAAUGCGCCUGACUCGGCCGUGCACCGCGCCGCGGCGAAAAUCCUCCAGCAGCUCCCGCGGAUAUGUGCCGACGCCGCCGAGGCGUGUCACGCAACCGAAGCGCCGCAUAGCCUCGAGCCGCCGGACCACGUGUGGCGCGCGCUCCGAGCGCCGUACGAAGCCCCUGUGCAUGGCGUGCCCGUCGGUGCGCCGUCAGCCGAUACCAGCACCCUCGGUGCAUUCUUGCACCAGUGGUACGUGGUAGAUGCGCCUGCGCCGCCAGCUGCGCCGCGGCCGUCGCGUCCGGCCAAGCCGCCUGCGGCGCCGACGCGCCGGAGCGCCCGGCAUGCAGCGCCGACCGAGACGACCAAGCCUGACGACACGUCGGAGCCGCGUGAGCUCGCGUCGCUGUCUAGCCACGACUCGUUCAAGUACUUUCACGUGGGGUGGCUUCUCCCGCCCGGGACACGGCGAGGCAACCGCCCGCGCCCUGCGCCAAGCGCGCCCAAGCCACGCGCCAAGCGGCGUAGGACCCGCGCACCAGCGACGGCCGAUGACGACUCGCCGCUCAGUGAACUGUCAGAUAGCGCCUAG